AUGGAAACACCAGCUGAAGUCAUCCCAAAAGGCUGGACCAACGAUCCCCGGUUCUUCGAAGGGUUUUUCUUCCAUGACUCUGCGGAGGCCCACCUGGCCCGAUGCCACGGGAUAAAUGAUCCCAAACUUCUCUUGAUGACGACCCCCGAUACUGGGGACAUGGGAUACAUAAUUACAUCGAGCGGCCGUUUUUACUGGGGUGAUCUGAUGAUUGAUCACAUCGCGGAGAUCACCAACCCCAGGACCUGGCCGGAGAUUCUGCGCGCUCUUGCAACGAAGGGGGAGAGGGGUUUGAGGAUGAGGGUGCUUCGGCCGGUGGUUGUGGGUGAGGAGGAAAUGGUUGUUGAAGGGCAAGGCCCGUCUGUUACUUCCAGUUCAGACGUUCCUUCCACUUCAGAGAAGUGA